UUAUUUUGAUAUAAUUUUUUGUGCAGCUUUUUGAUUUGUCAUCUCUUCUGAUUUUUUCCCCUCUUUAUUAUGAAGCUUUAAUAAAGCUAAUGUGUUGUUCCAUUUGAGCUGCAACAAUGUACUUUGGGUCAUGACAUUAAUCCACAACACACCAUUUUUACAACAUCCAAAGACAAAGUCCUAGGAUAAGAAGUGGGGAGGAGAGAGGGAACACCAAUCUAUUGUUUCUUUUGUUUUCAUUACAUUGUUGUCUUCUUAGCUUCUUCUUCUUGCAUUGUUACUGCCCUACCCAUGAUCUUGGAACUGAGAUGCUUCAUUGAGUGAUAUUAGAUCUCAAGUUGAAGUCUUUGAAGAUACCCAUUGCUCACAGAGUCAUGGGGGGUGUGAGUUUGAGGGAAUCAUGGUGUUUCUGCAAAGGGGUGAGUAAGUCUGAGAGAAUGAAAGCUGCAAUCUUUACAGGGAAGGGUCAAGGUAUGGCUACUAUCACCGGCAUUUCUCCAAAUGGGGUUUCCGGUACCGGAUUUUUAAUCCACCGGAAUCUUCUUUUGACAACUCACACCAAUCUUCCCUCGGUGGUGGCCGCCGACAGUGCCGAGAUCCGGCUGCACAAUGGUGUGGCUGCAACUCUUGUUCCUCAGAGGUUUUUCAUUACAAGUUCUGUUUUAGAUCUUACAAUUGUGGGUUUAGAUGAUGCGGAUGGGGACUCAAAUGCACAGGGUCAAUACCCUCACUACUUGAAGACCAGUUGCAAAGCCAAUCUGGAUCUGGGAAGUGUAGUUUACCUUUUAGGCUACACAGAAAAACAGGAGCUCACUGUUGGUGAAGGAAAGGUGGUCAUAGCCACUGACAAUCUCAUAAAAUUAUCAACUGAUGGAAUUCAAUGGAGUCCAGGUUCAGCUGGUUUUGAUGUGCAUGGAAAUCUAGCUUUUAUGAUAUGUGAUCCUAUGAAGUUAGCCACAUCACCAAAUACCAAAUCACCUUCAACUUCAUCCUCAUCGUCGUCCUCUUGGAAGAAAGAACUCCCCAUGCAGUUUGGCAUACCAAUUCCUGUCAUAUGUGAUUGGUUAAACCAGCACUGGGAAGGCAACCUUGAUGAGCUUAACAAGCCAAAAUUACCAAUCAUGCGGUUGAUGUCUACCGGGCCGAGGAGCGAGCAUUCAUGUGCUUCCUUCACCCUUCGACAAGUUUUCAAGUCAACAGAAGGCAAUGAUGAUGGCACCACAUCUUCAUCAAACAAUGCUUCAAAGACAAGAGAUCAGGGACCAAGCUCUUCUGCUGUUACCAACACAGUUGAAGAAGAAAGCUUGAUCACUAAUCCAAAUGCUGCGCAUGUCCAGGGAAUUCCCACCCCAGAAAUAUACGAAUCACCUAGAGUAACUGCUGUGCCACUCAGAAGGAAAGAAAACAUACCAUUGCAGCUUUUGGACAUCAACUUUCCUCCAAGGUCAGCCAAAGCUGCAGUUUUGGCACAAUCAUCCAAACCAAAGUCUGCUGAAAAUCAUGCCACAGACCCUUUUCCUGAAAACCAAACAGAAGGAGAACAAAACAAGCACACAAGGCCAACAACUCCUAUUCCAGACGUUUCCUCAACAGGGUCUGUCAAUGGAGCUGCACAGAGCGAGGUUCAGUCCAGCUCGUCUCCGGUGGAAGUACCAGAGAUGCAGAACGGAUACAGCAGCGAAGGAGAGACCAUGUACUCGGCCGAAACCGCGGAGAGCCGGAACUACACAAGCCCCAGAGAGUUGAAGUUUCAGCAAGUGGGAAGGAGCCAGAGUUGUGUGAGUUACAACAGGUGGGGUGCUGCACCAAGAAGCCAAGUUGCUCGUGGAAUGAUGGUGGAAAAUCAGAGAAGCUUUAUGCAUGUGAAGAGAAUGUACUCACAAGGUGCAGCAACUUCUCAACGAAGCAAUGACUAUUUCAGCCCCACUGUCUCCUCCAUCAUGAAACGUAACAGCAGCUCAAGCAAGCCACCUCGGCAAACUCCUGUUCAUUCUCCUUCACCCAGAUGGAUGUUCUGAUUGAUUGAUACUUCAUAUAUGAUCAUAUUUCAAGUUCUUACAGUAAAAUUAUAAAAAUUUAAAGAGAAAGAGUAUAGUUGCUUCA